GCGCUAAGCGCCGCAUGAUCCCAGCUCUUAACGCGCCUGCUGCUCUCCGUGUGUUUUCUCCUCUCACGGCUUGGUGUUUUUGGCGUCUGUUUCCCUCUGCGGUCGCAGUGAGGAAGGCGCUGCUGUCCCGCAGUACAUCAUUCAAGGGUCCACCUCAACUGGGGGACAGACGUCAAAUUAAAUGGGAGCCAGACGAGUGUUGGUGACUGGCUGCUCCUCUGGCAUUGGCCUGGCUGUGGCCGUGCGGCUCGCCAAUGAUGAACGUAGACGCUUUCAAGUGGUCGCCACCAUGAGGGAUCUUGGGAAACGGGGUCCUUUGGAGGAAGCAGCUGGUGACUCAUUAAAUAAGACCCUGGAAAUCAAAGAGUUGGACGCUUGCUGUGAAGACUCCAUCAAAGAGUGUGUCAACAGCCUGUCCAACAGGCGAGUGGAUGUCCUGGUGAGCAAUGCUGGGGUUGGUAUGAUCGGACCAUUGGAGUGCCAAAGUAUUGCUACUAUGAAAGAGCUCUUUGACACCAACUUCUUUGGCCUGGUCCGGCUGGUGAAAGAGGUGCUGCCUGACAUGAAGCGACAGCAGAGCGGCCAUAUUGUGGUGAUGAGCAGUGUCAUGGGAAUACAGGGACUUCUGUUCAACGAUGUCUACUCUGCCUCCAAAUUUGCCGUGGAGGGAUUUUGCGAAAGUUUAGCAGUGCAAGCAUUGAAGUUUAACAUCAAGACCACUUUAGUAGAACCGGGUCCCGUGGUGACUGAGUUUGAGAAGAAAGUGUACGAAGAUGCUGAGAAGAUGGACCUGUCAGAAGCAGAUGAGGAGACGGCACGAAUCUUCUGGGAAAUUUACCUGCCAUACUCUAAAAAGGUCUUCCUCUCACUCGGUCAGACACCAGAGGAGGUGGCUGAGCAAACACAUAAAGUGAUCACAGCCAAGGAGCCGCCUUUGCGCCACCAGACAAACCAGCUGUACAUGCCCAUGACCGCCCUGAAGCACGCCGAUCCCACCGGCAGGCUGCCACUGGACACCUUCUAUAAAAUGAUCUUUAAACAUGAAGGCAUGUUUAAUGCUACGCUUGGCCUUCUGCGGAUGCUCCGCAAGAAAUAAUGGUUUGAUUCCUGAUGACUUGAUUCAAAGUUUUAGUCCCCUUAUUUUAAAAAGUGGUUUUGUAUAUUUUUUUUUUCUUUGAUUGAUUGAUAAACUUACUAUUAAUGGUAUCAAUGCCAUAUCAUUAUUUUUAAAUUCAUGAUAAAACAACAGAAAAAGUUUUCUUCUGUGAGAAUAGUAACGUUACAGUUAACUAAUCUGUGCUAUUUUUAAAAACACUAAAGAUAUGUUAAAAAAUAAAUGAGAUUUUGUGUUUAAAUUAUUCAAAUGAAAGGAAUUAGUGAAAAACAAAUCUAUUGAUAGCUUUCAAUGCAAACUAAUUUUUUCUUGGAAAAUUAAAUGUACAUGUUCUUGUUUUAAACUAAUUAGAUCAAUAAACAAACGAGUGGGAAGUU